GACUUUGGAAAAGCAUGUGACCUCCUCACCAUUAGACAAGAUUCACAAAAUCACUCCCCUCAAUUUCUUCCCCUUUGUCUUCCAGUCUGAAUUCGAGUUUCAAAGAAAGGAAAGAAAUAAAAACUUCGAAGUCCCUUUUUAUUUAUUUUUUUACAAAUUCUUCCCCUUUUACUGCAAUCCCAUCAUCAUUUCCAAAAACCCAGAUCUUACUUCACCCUAAACACGAAACCCUUUUGGCAAUCUUCCACACAAUUAGAUUUUUGAGAUCCCUUCUCCUAUUUGGUUUCUCUCUUCAUUACGUCCAGAACACGUUCUGUAUAUCUGUUGUUGAUUUGCCCUGUUGUGGAACGCUUUCGAGAUUUACAUAUAUGGCAUUUGGAAGAUAGCACGUUCAUUUGGUUCAGAUCAAUGUCGAAGACUUUGUGGUGGAUCGUUUCCUUUUUUAUUUUCUUAUGGUUAUCCCCUCCUCGGGUGUUUGGAAUUGAUGAUUUCAAUCAAGCGUUUCCUAUUGUAGAACCUGAUCCUGGUCAUACAAAACUUCGUCUUUCUACUGAAGGACUGGAGGCUAUUAGAAGAAUAACAAAUCCUAUUGCAGCAGUUGCUGUGAUUGGUCCAUAUCGAUCUGGAAAAUCUUUUCUGCUUAAUCAGCUUCUAUCACUUUCUUGUUAUGAAGGUUUUGGUGUUGGCCACAUGCGUGACACUAAAACAAAAGGAAUAUGGGUAUGGGGAACACCAGUUGAAAUGGACAUUGAUGGAGUUAAAACCUCAGUCUUUUAUCUGGAUACAGAAGGAUUUGAAAGUAUAGGGAAAUCAAAUGUCUAUGAUGACAGGAUAUUUGCUCUAGCAACGGUUUUAAGUUCAGUGCUUAUCUACAAUUUGCCUGAAACAAUACGUGAAGCUGAUAUAUCCCGAUUGUCUUUUGCUGUUGAGCUUGCUGAAGAGUUCUAUGGAAGAGUCAAGGGGCAAGAUGUGGCAUUUGAACCUGCAAAACUCCUGUGGCUUAUACAACGUGACUUCUUACAGGGGAAGUCUGUAAAAGAAAUGGUGGAUGAAGCUCUACAACAUGUUCCUAACUCUGAGGGUGACAAGAAUAUUGCUCAGGUGAACCAGAUUCGAGACUCUCUAGCUAUCAUGGGUGAUAAUAGCACAGCUUUCAGCUUACCACAACCACAUCUUCAAAGGACAAAGCUUUGUGACUUGAAAGAUGGGGAACUUGACCAAAAUUAUGUCAAAAGGAGAGAAGAAUUAAAAGAAGUUGUUAAAUCUGUUAUUCGCCCAAAGAUUGUUCAGGGAAAAUCCCUUAAUGGAAACGAGUUUGUAUCUUUUCUAGAAAAGAUUUUGGAUGCUUUGAACAAGGGGGAGAUUCCCUCAACAGGGUCUCUUGUGGAGGUGUUCAACAAGAAAAUCUUGGAGAAAUGUUUGAAGUUAUAUGAGGAUAAUAUGAGUAAAGUGUCUUUACCCAUUUCUGAGGAUUCCCUAUUAUCCAUUCAUGGAGCUUCAAGAUCAGAAGCUUUGAAAUCUUUUGAUGAACAACAUUUUGGUCGUCAUCAUGCAAAGAAAUCUGUUGAACAGCUUGAUGAAGACAUUGAAAAGAUGUUUAAGAACUUUAUGAUGGCAAACCAAUAUCAGUCAUCAAAACUAUGUGAAGCACUCUACACAACAUGUGAAGACAAAAUGGAUCAACUUCAAGUCCUUAGACUCCCAUCAAUGGCCAAAUUCAAUGCAGGGUUUCUUCACUGCAACCAAAGCUUUGAAAAAGAAUGUGUGGGGCCCUCAAAAUCCAUAUACGAACAACGCAUGGUCAAGAUGAUGGGAAAGUCGAGAUCUUUAUUCAUAAAGGAAUAUAACCACAGAUUAUUUAAUUGGUUGGUGGCAUUCUCCCUUGUGAUGGUGAUUGUAGGGAGAUUUGUUAUAAAAUUUAUAUUGAUAGAGAUUGGGGCAUGGGUUAUGUUCAUCUUCUUGGAGACUUACACACGAAUGUUUUGGUCACCUGAGUCUCUUUAUUACAAUCCUGUGUGGCAUGCCAUUGUGGCAACUUGGGAGACACUUGUUUACAGCCCUGUUCUUGAUUUAGACAGAUGGGCGGUGCAACUUGGAUUGGUGGCGGUGAUAUUGUUGGUGUACUGGCGGUGCCACGGGAGGAUGAAACACAAACACGGGUCGAAUUCGUUGUUACCGUUGUACACUGACGGAUCAAAAGUUCGGGAUAGAUCAGAAUAGAGCAUCCUCAUCCUCAGGCGAAGAGCUUUUGACUUUUUUUUUUAAAGCAAAAAUGCAGGAAGAAGGGUCUGGUGUGUGUGUGAUGUGGGUUGAUGAUACUGAUAUAUAUAUAAAGGUGGUUGCCUUUUAAUUAAAAAUAUAAAUUUUAUAGAACAUGUAGGAGGAGGAUUUGGUGAAGGAGAGAAGUGGGAUGUAUGUAACUUUAGCAAUUCAAAUUAUUUGUAUGAUGAUUGAUUGAUUGUACAUUACACGCACCC